AUGGUGAUGGAGGUGCAGGUAUCAGAAAAGUACAUGUUCCUUCAUCUUACCUAUGGACCAUUCCUUUCCAUAUUCAGUGAUGAUGAACAAUAUUCCUAUCUCUAUCAGGUGGCCCUAAAGGACACAUCUCUAGCAUUGGCAAUGGUUUCCUUCAUAGUUUACUUCCACUGGAACUGGGUUGGCCUUGUCAUUCCAGGUGCUGAUCAAGGAUAUCAACUUCUAUCAGAGUUGAAAAAAGAGAGCAAAACCAAGGAAAUUUGCUUUACCCUUGUGAACAUAUCAGUCUAUAAGAUUUCAUUCUAUCACAAAACUGAAAUGAACUACAAAAAAAUUGUGAUGUCAUCCACAAAUGUUAUUAUCAUUUAUGGGGAAACAAACAGUAAUAUUGAAUUGAGCUUCAGAAUGUGGGAAUCUAUGGUUAUACAGAGAAUAUGGGUCACCACAAUACAAGUAAAUUUACCUACCUGUAAGAAAGACUUAACUCAUGGCACAUUCUAUGGGACUUUUACUUUUCUACACCACCAUGGUGAGACUUCUGGUUUUAAUAAUUUUAUACAGACAUUGUGCCAUUUCAAAAGCACAGAUUUAUAUCUGGCAAUGCCAGAGUUGAAGUACUUUAACUGUAAAGCCUCAGCAUGUAAAUGUGAAAUACUGAUGAAUUAUUCAUUGAAUGCCUCAUUGGAAUGGCUAAUGGAGCAGAAGUUUGAAAUAACCUUGAGUGAUGGCAGUCAAAACAUAUACAAUGCUGUGUAUGCUAUGGCCCAUGCACUUCAUGAUAUGAAUCUGCAACAGGUUGAUAAUCAGGCAAUAGACAAUGUCCGUUCUCAAUGCUUGAAUGUAAACUCCUUUUUGAGAAAGACCCACUUCACUAAUCCUCUUGGGGACAAAGUGAUUAUUAAACAGAGGGUAUUUCUGCAGGAAGACUAUGACAUUUUUCACUUUGGGAAUCUCUCACAACACCUUGGGAUUAAGGUAAAUUUAGGAAAGUAAUAUUUUCUACAUGGUCAAUGCUUUCACUUAUAUAGAGAUAUGAUUGAGUUGGCCACAGGAAGUAUAAAGAUCUCAUCCUCUGUGUGCAGUGCAGAUUGUAAUCCUGGAUUCAGAAGAUUCUGGAAGAAGGGAAUGGCAGCCUGCUGUUUUGUUUGCAUCCCUUACCAUGAAAAUGAAAUUUCAAAUGAGAGAAAUUCAAGACUCACCUCUAUAGGACUGUUUAUCACACAACCAAAAGUUAUGCAUACUGUAAAAACAUCAACUUUUGAGUAUACAGCCAUAUGUAGUGCCAAACAUUAA